AUGCCCGCGAGCGAUCCCCGGUUGUGGACAGUGGAUGACCUUCACACAAACGCACUAUACAGAGAUGCAGGCUACUCUGAUGCACAAAUUCCUGAUGCUAUGAUGCUUCAUACCAAUAGCGCAGAUAACUCGCCCUCUGUACGGCGAACCGGAAUCUCCGAAGGUGUUAUCAUUACGGACGAAGCAGGUAACAAGCGGAGGAAAAUCACUAACCUCUCAACAACGCCGCUCAGUGUACUAUCUGGUUCUCAAGUGAGUUUGAAUGCGGCAACCAGCGGGCUAUUGCGGCAAGUAGAGUCAAACGUAAACGACUACAGUUAUCUGCUGAAAUGGCAGAACAUAGCUGGGGGCGACCAGAUCGUAGAUCUACCUGACGAGGACGAGCUGGAAGAUGAGGACGACUUUGGGUCGAUGGAUGCUGGCGAGGAAGAUGCAAAAAUACAUGAGGAUCAGCAUGAUGAUGCAGUCGAAGAGACGAAUAAACGGACCAAUCUGAGCCAGGACGAGAUCGUCCGGAUUAUUAACGAGCGAAUCGAGUUUUAUACAAAUGCUUGGGUACCGAACAAAGGCGUUCCCAGUAAAGAGAGGGUAGAUCCAAAAACUGUGUGGAACGAGGCUGAAGCAAAAGGCGAACGAGAAAGGCUUGCACAGCACUAUGAAACAGAGUACGAUUAUUUCAGUCAAAGAUUGAACAAAUUGUGUGACGAGAUCAUAAAGGAUCCAGGAAGCAAUGCGAAACAAGUACGGCAACAAUGUAGCAACCUCGAGGGCACUGUGGAUUGCAUGGAGCUUGCGGCUUGGUUGCGCGAUAUUUACAAACUGGAACCUGUCCACGACGGCGAAGAAGAACACGUACUGGACAGCCAACCAAAACUACGACAAGACACGUCAACUCAUCGAGGCGAACCAACAAGUGAGGUUAUCGAUCUAGGCUCACCCUCGUGCUCAUCUGACAUUGAGAACGGGAACAUAUUGCCCUUUGACAACGAUACUGGGACUGUAGCCAAUACAACUGAAGACCAGUUUGAUAAUCGUGUCCGUUCAUCUACGCCAGACUCAGUCAUCGCUGACAGCGUGGAGCUAACUGAAUAUGCACAACUAGGGCCUUUUGAACCAGACGGCGCCUUUCCCACACGUACACCUGUUAAUCACGGUGAUGAACCUGAGAGCGCCUCCAUUACUACAGUUCGCCGCUGGAGAUGGGAAGACUUAGUCGAGCACCUUGACCGGAAGCGCAUUGUAUCCAAAGUCAUCCAGGAAUUGAAGUCCAACGACCGCGAAAUGAUUCGUGGUCGGGUUCAGAACAUAGGAAAGACCAGCCUCAUCAGAGAAAUGAGAGCAUGUGUUCACAUGUUAUGCAAAGGAGAGACAAAGCUGCAGGGCGUCCUUCCUCGGGAUAUGCCCAAGAUUCUUACAUUUACCACCCUGUUCCUUUCAUGGUGGUUUUGCUGCAAUUAUUCAAAGGGACCUGAAGCAUCUAGCAGAGAUCUUGGGGAGCUCCGGAACUGCAUGGAUGACGGGACUGCCGAAACAAGCAGCUUCUAUUACUAUGUGUAUACGAUUAUGGCAACGACUUUCGGCGAGCAAGCUUUGCGAUAUCCCGAUCAGCCAUCCCAGGCCGAGAUCAUCGAAAUUUCAGACGAUGACUGA